AUGUGUGUAGUGUUUAGACGUAUUAUAUGUGGCGACAAUUACUGCAAUCACGAGCUGAUAGGCCGUACGUCCGCCCAAUUGAGUGCCUCAUCACAAGUCAGUGCCGAUAAGGCGCCCAAAUAUGCUGUACUUCACGGCAAGUAUACCCCCGACAAGGGGUCGGUGUGGACGGCGGCGCAAAAUGACUUCUCGCAGUACUUGCAAAUCGAUUUGGGCCGACAGUACAACAUCUCUGCCAUCGGCUCUCAGGGCAGACAACACACCAAAGAAUUCGUUCAGGAAUUCAAAUUAGAGACCGGAAUCGAUGGACACGACUUCUCUGUCUAUCGCGACAGAAACGGCAACAUUAAGGUUAAUAUACGCUGUCCUAUGGGGUCGCCCACACGGAUCGGUGGACAUCCCCUGUCAACAAACUUUGUCGACAGUCCGUCCUGUUGGACAGCAGAAAGGGGUGACUUUUUGCAGCACUUGACCAUUGAUUUGGGAAAUACUUAUAACAUAACGGCGAUCGCGAUUCAAGGCAGAGCUUUCACUAAUGAAUACGUUAGUCAAUACUAUCUGUUACUCAGCGAUGGCGGAGACUUCUGGAGAAUGGCUUACUCUGACUCCGAGGGCUAUGAGCAGGCAUUCACUCCUUACUAA